AUGCCACAACCCUUGAGGGACGCCUCCGGGCGUUUUCUCCCAAAAGGCCCUUCUCAGGGCCAACCCAAAGGCCCUUCUCAGGGCCAACUUAAAGGCCCUUCUCAGGGCCAACCCAAGUCCCGGGAUGCUUCGGCAUCGGAGACCAGCCGCGCACCAUCUGCGGCAAGUUUGUUACGAGGCGGUGACAUGGUGUCGGACUUAUCUGACAACGAGUCGGUUUUGAGUGGCACGACUGGCGGUUCUACACGCCAGUCCAGAAAGCGGGCCUUCCUCAGGCAGGACUCGAGAGGCUCUCCGGACCAAGCGGAGAAGCCCCCAAAGCGGGCGGUUGUACAGGCGGACCUGGAGGAGAGGAUCGCUUCAAAAGAACAGCGGACCCGAACCACCAGAGCCAAGGCUGGCUACGGCGCCUCCAGCGUCCUCUACGCGGACCACUCCGUAGAGGAAAUGGAGCGCAUGGCUCUUGAGGACCAGGAGGAGAUCUUGGAGGUGGCAUCCAAGUCCUCCAAUCUGAAAGGGACCUUUCAGAAGGCCCUGAAAUGCCGGGCAGCGAGCUUGCUCGGCAUCGUAAAGGAGUUGGCGCAGCGCACCACCUCCGACGAAACGCGGCAACUGCAGGCGAAGGUGGAUCGCCUGCAAAAAGAGGUGUCGGCGCUGCACGCGCGCGUUGCCGAGCUCAUGGCCCGGCCUGAGGGGACGUCGGAAGGUCCAGCGUCAAUGCUCGCCCCCUCGAACCUUGAGGAUAUAAUCCGCAAGGUCAUCAUGGAGGAGAGGGCUUUCACCAGGGCCUGCUUCGCGGGCAUAGAGGACCGGCUUCUGCCAGAGAAGCGGCUCCGCCCUCCGCUCGCAUCGGAUAGGGUGCCUGAGAGGACCCCUGGCGCACCGGGUCCUUCAACGGCCCCAGCCCAGCGGGAGCAACCCAAGGGCAAAGGAAAGGGUAAGGGCAAGAAGACCACCCCGGCCGCCCCGACUGCCCAGACAGCCCCUCAAACCCUACCUAGGGAGGACCCACUCCUUCCCUCCACCACCCCUUCUAACCAGCCGUGGGUGAAGGUGGUGUCGAGGAAGAAGAAGGGGAAGAAGUCGGCCCCCAAGCCCCCUGCAGUCAAGCCUGCAGCCGCAGUGGAAAAGAGGAAGAAACUCCCUCUUCCUCCAAAAACCGCAGCCGUGGUGGUCACGUUGACCCCAGAGGCAGCACAGCGAGGGGAGACGUACGAGUCUGUGUUGAGGCGGGCUCGUACCAACGUUGACCCCGCGCAACUCGGAGCGGGUAGGGUCACGUGCCGGAAGACCCAAACGGGGGCUCGUAUCUUCGAGUUCUCCGGGGCCCAAGGUGGAACCAAGGCGGAACUCUUUGCGGCGAAGCUCAGAGAGGCUGUCGCAGACACGGCCAAGGUCUUGAGGCCGGUGAAAUGUGUGGCUCUUGAGGUGACCGAUCUCGACGACACAGUCACCCAAGAAGAGGUAGUAACCGCGGUUGCGGCGGCGGGGGGCUGCGCCGUCGAAUCGAUCAAGGGCCGCGCCAUUAGACCAGGCCGCGGGGGUAUGGGCACGAUGCGAUUGGAGUGCCCCAUCGCGUGUGCCAAGGCGGUCCUCGCCAAGGGUCGCCUGCCAGUGGGGCUUAGCUCGGGUGGUGUCCGAGCGCUUGAGGACGAGCCGAUGCGCUGUUUUAAGUGCUUCGGCAUCGGUCACACCCGGGCUCUUUGUCCGUCGUCUGCCGAGCGCAAGGAGCUGUGUUUCCGCUGCGGUAAGGAGGGGCAUAGGUCGGCCACCUGCAGGGCUACUGCUCCGCAUUGCGCUGUGUGUGCUGCCAACGGUCGUCCAUCUGACCACGUGAUGACAGGAAGGAAAUGCCGUCCUCCCCUAAAGAAGGGCAAAGCGCAGGCGCCGAUGCGACCUGCCACUACUGCUGCCGCCACUGAAGCCCCAGUUCCAGUGCUGGUCACCGAGGGAAGUGCCAUGAACACGGAUUAA